GGGCUUCUUCGCAAAAGGCGGCUACUAAAGCGAGCUCUUUUGCCUUCCCUUCCCCAGUUGCCCGGCCCACGCCUCCCGCCGCCGACCACGCCCCAAACCCUAGCCCUACCGCCGCUAUGGCCGACCCGCGGUUGUUCCCGUCGGGAUCCAACAACCGCGCCGACUCCACCUCUGACGGCCGCCGGCUGUACAACCCGUACCAGGACCUCAACAUCCCCUACAGGACCCUCUACGACCUCCCUACCUCGCCGGAGUUCCUCUUCCAGGAGGAGGCCGCAGCGCAGCGCCGCUCGUGGGGCGAGAACCUGACCUUCUACACGGGCAUCGGCUACCUCUCGGGCGCCGUGGCGGGCGCCGCGCUCGGCCUCCGCGACGCCGCCGCGGGCGUUGAGCCCGGGGAGGCCGCCAAGAUCCGCGCCAACCGCGUGCUCAACGCCUGCGGCAGCUCCGGCCGCCGCUUCGGCAACAGGCUGGGUGUCAUCGGGCUCAUGUACGCCGGGAUGGAGAGCGCCAUGGUCGCGGCCCGCGACCGCGACGACUGGAUCAACAGCGUCGCCGCCGGGCUCGGCACCGGCGCGCUCUUCCGCGCCGCCAACGGGCCGCGGUCCGCCGCCGUCGCGGGCGCCGUUGGCGGGGUCCUCGCCGGCGCCGCCAUGGCGGGCAAGCAGCUCGCCAGGCGAUACGUGCCUGCAAUAUGAUCAUGUCUCUGCGCCACCUCUUGCUUCGCUUGAGCGAACAUCGAAUGAAUCCGUCACAAAAAAGAAAAGAGGGGGAAAAAAGGUUUUUUUUGUCUGAUGUUCUCCAGUAGUCCAGUUUAGCUACUGCGUUUAGGAAGGGGUUUGCCUUCUCUAAAUGAUAUCGAUGCUCUGCUAGCUAGUCACUUUGAGCAUAUGUAUACGAUCAAAAUGGAAAAUUUUGGCCUGCAUUGCUAUGUAGCAUCGUGUUCAAUGUAUUAAUAACAUGCAUUUUGCUGGUGUUGCUGAGUAAUAAGAGCUGAUCCUUGAGUC